CAAAAGUGGCAAAAAUGGUUUUUGACCCAGCCCGCACUGUCUGAAUUUAAUAUAGAAAAUGGCGGGAAGCUUUAUUUAUCCACAGACGCUCAAAUGCGAACACGAGCACGUGGACCCAAUAAAAUAACAGUUUAACACACACCACACCGCUGAGUGUCAGUGUUAUACGUAGCAUAGUAUGAGCUGCAGUUUCCGCAGAACCGAACUUCUAUCUGAGGCCUUUCCGCUUCAAAUUAUUUGUGUUUCACUUAUUUAUUUAUUUUCUUUGUUUUGCCCAUUGACGCAGUGAACAGUCCUGUGGUUUCCUGUGGUGUGAACACGGCGGUUUUUCUUCUUUUUUUUUUUUUUUUUUUUUUUUAAGCUGCAAACAGCGAGUGACAUUAUGGGAACACUCGCUCUUUUAGACUGCACGCGCUCAGGCUAACUCAACAACACGAAGACCAGCGAACAGCGGCACACUUCACAGGAGCGCAAGCAUACGUCUAGCCACGCUAAAAUUUGAAUAUAUCUUUGAAGAGGCUAUGUGGAUCCAGGUUUCAUUGGCUUCAAACUGAUAUAGGAAAGACACACUCUCACACAAACACACAGACACUCACACACACUCUCUCUCUCUCACACACACACACACACAAACACACAGACACACACACACACACACUCUCUCACACACACACACACAGAUGGCUACCAGCAGCUCCCUUCCCUCGCCCCUCCCGGAAGCCCAGCUGGUAAAGUCUUCCUUGGACACGGUCGAUGACGUCAUGGACAAAGUGUCGAUCGUGCUGUACACGUUCACCAUCAUCCUGGGCGUCACGGGCAACGCGGUGGUCGUCUGGAUGGGCGGCUUCCGCCUGCCGCAGACGGUCACCAACGUGUGGCUGGUCAACCUGGCGGUGGCCGACCUGAUCUUCUGCCUGACCCGCAUCAUCUCGCUGGUCAAGAAGCUCUUCUUCGACUACUGGCCCUUCGGCGUCUUCCUCUGCAAGUUCAACGGCUUCUUCAAGUACGCCAACAUGUUCUGCAGCGUCUUCCUCCUCAGCACCAUCAGCGUGGACCGGGCGCUGUGCGUGUGGCGGCCCGUGCUCAUCAAAAAGCGCCGCACCCUGCACGUCGCCCGCCUGGUCAGCGUGGCGGUCUGGGUGCUGUCCGUGACUCUCAGCGCCCCCUACUUCUACUACCGAACCACCUACCCCAACAAGGACAACCUCCCCAAGUGCUCCAUGGAAGGGAAGGAGAGGGGAGGCGAAGCGUCGGCCAUGACGGCCUUGUACGUCCUGCGUUUCCUGUGCGGCUUCCUCCUCCCCUUCCUGGUGAUCCUGUGCUGCUACACGCUAGCCGCCCUGGGCAUACGGCGCACCAGGCUGUCCCGGAAGUCCAAGCCCCUCAAGAUCCUGGCCUGCCUCGUCAUCGCCUUCUUCCUGUGCUGGGCGCCCUACCACUGCCUCCUGCUGGCCAAGAUGGUGAACAGCAAGAACCGGGUGGUGAAGAUAGGCCUCCCGCUGGCCAAGGGGCUGGCCUACUUCAACAGCAGCGUCAACCCGCUGCUCUACUUCUUCAUGGGCCUGGACCUGCGCAAGCGCUUCCGGCAGAGCCUGGCCGAGGUGUACAGGAGAGCCCUGGCCGAGGGGGAGGGCCCCACCGGCCAAUCAGACGAGGGGCCCGUGGAGAGCUCCGCCCCCGCCACGCAGGCCAGGGCGGUGGGAGACAUCUCCAAGGCAAGCGUGGCCGUUUUAUGAUAGCUUAAAAUGGACGAAAAUGUCACGUAGUCGUGUACCGUUAAGUGCGUGACGGUGUAGCUGGAAAAUAUUGUCUUCCUAUCACAAGUCCCUGGCAAAUGCCUACAUGUCCAGAACCGAUGCAACCUUCUGUAACAAUUGUAUUGAUAUAUAUUUUUAUUAACUUUUUUCGUGAACCGUUAAACUGUGCCGUACGUAAUAUUGUUUUAUACUGCCGUAUACAGUGUUAUUUGGGUAUGUUGAAAGUGAUAUCGGAGGCACAGGAAGCACGGCCUAGUAUGUGUGUUUAUUUUAUUUAAUCAACUCCAGAAGGCCACAGCAUCGUUUCAUGAUGGUCAUUGUGAUGUCUUUCCAUGGUAAGAGUAAGAAUUUUGAGCUUGUGAUGAUAUUCUACUGCUUCUGAUGUUCUAAGAAAUCUGUGGUUGUAGUUCCUGUGAAACAUGAAGGUGUUCAAUCAAACGACAGUUCCUUAGUAAUCUUAGCUGUCAUGAAAAUAUGACAUGAAAAUAUGACUGCAUUUGAACCAGAUAUCUUCUCUUUUGUUGUGUUGAAAAAAUGAAAAUAAAAUGAUUGAUUGAUUUAUUUGA